UAUUCGUUUUGCAGCAACAUACAAUAUUACAAUCCCUGCUAAACCUCCAGGUGCCCAAGAAAAAUCAAGAAAAUAGUUGGAAAAAAAGCAGCUCCUGUAAAAACUCGAGGUUUAAUAAUCCUACUUAAAGAUCACUCAGAAACUCCUCAAAUUACAAAAAAAGUUCUACACAAGAUCUGCUAAUGGAAGAUAAAGUAGUUGCUGUGAUCUUAGUUGGUGGACCCACCAAAGGAACUACAUUUCGACCCUUAUCAUUUAAUACUCCAAAACCCUUGUUUCCAAUUGCUGGCCAUCCAAUGAUCCACCAUCAAAUUUCUGCUUGCAAAACUAUACCAAAUUUGGUUCAAAUCUUCCUCAUUGGAUUAUAUGAAGAGCGUGAGUUUGCUUUGUAUGUGUCUUCAAUCUCAAAUGAGCUGAAGGUUCCGGUUAGAUAUUUGAAAGAAGACAAACCACAUGGCUCUGCUGGUGGACUUUAUCGCUUCCGAGAUUUCAUUAUGGAAGAUGAGCCGUCACAUAUUUUUCUUCUAAAUUUUGAUGUCUGCUGCAGUUUCCCUCUACCAGACAUGCUCGAUGCCCACAGGAGAUAUGGUGGAAUGGGUACAUUAUUAGUAAUUAAGGUUUCCGCUGAAUCGGCCAACCUGUUUGGUGAGUUGGUUGCUGAUCCAGAUACAAAAGAGCUGUUGCAUUACACCGAAAAGCCUGAGACAUUUGUUAGUGAUUUAAUAAACUGUGGCAUAUAUGUAUUUACACCUGAAAUUUUUUCGGCUAUCCAGGGUGUGCUUGCUAAUCGUGAAGACAAAGGAUCUCUACGUCGUUUGUCCAGUUAUGAGUCAUUCAAUUCAGCAACAAGGGCCCUUCCUGCAGAUUUUGUAAGAUUGGACCAAGAUAUUCUGUCUCCUUUGGCGGGAAAGAAACAAUUAUACACCCAUGAAACUUUAGAUUUCUGGGAACAGAUAAAGACUCCUGGUAUGUCUUUGAAAUGUUCCGGGUUGUACCUUGCGCGGUUUCAGCAGAAUGCUCCCCAUCUUCUGGCUAGUGGAGAUGGUGCAAAAAAUGCUACAAUUGUAGGUGAUGUUUAUAUCCACCCAUCAGCUAAAGUACAUUCGACGGCGAAGAUUGGUCCAAAUGUAUCAAUAUCUGCUAAUGUUCGUGUAGGACCUGGUGUAAGGCUUGUAAAUUGCAUCAUUUUGGAUGAUGUUGAGAUUCAGGAAAAUGCGCUUGUCAUGCAUGCUAUCAUUGGAUGGAAAUCCUCAGUUGGGAAAUGGUCACGUGUUCAGGCUGAUGGUAACUACGACUCAAAGCUUGGAGUUUCAAUCCUUGGAGAAUCUGUAAUUGUGGAAGACGAAGUUGUGGUCAUUAACUGCAUUGUUCUUCCAAACAAGGUUCUUAACGUGAGCAUGCAAGAAGAGAUAAUUUUGUAGUUACAAAAGCAUUAUUCCAUAUCACUAGGAAUGGAGAGAAAGAGUGUGCUGACUUUUUUUUAACAUCAAUCAAUAUGUUACUCUUCUUGUUUUGUACCUUUUGCAAAUAGUUGUCAGAGACAGGAUGUUCUGGUUGAUGAAAGGUCCUGAGAAAAUACACACAUGACCUAAUCUCUGUAACAGACUGGUUGAAAACAAAACAGACAUUUGAGUCAAAAUGAUAAAAAAGUUGAAGCUUUUUUGACUCAUCAACUUGAUGGAACGUGUAGAAUUCAGUUUUGACUUUCUA